AUGCAGGCCUCCUCGGGGGUCAGGAUCAGUCCUGUCCCCCCUCCACUUGGGCCGGGUUCUGCGCUCCCUUCUUGUUCCUCCUUCGCCUCGGCCUCCCAUCGGCCCGCGGUUCCCCUACCUUCUCGAGGAGGUUCCCCAUACAAGUCGGCGGCUGUGGGCUCUUUCCUCGGUUCUUUCCUACCCUCGGCGCCUGUCACUUCGCGCAACGCGUUGAGAGUUGCCGCGUCUUCGGCUCAGAGUAACGACCGUUACGGCGUUGGAGACGACGCACCCUCGCCUGCAGUUAUUCUCUCUGUCCCUCAGACCGGCGCUCUCUCGCACGGCAGUGCCUCUCAGCACGGCCUCUACCUGCCUCCCCUCACUCUGUCUGCUGCGUCCCCUCGUCUCGCUCGAGCUCGAGUGUCUCCAGCUGCUUUCGGGCCGAGGGCCGAGGAGACCGUUGCCCGAGCCCCACCCGGCUCCGUCGCCUCAACCCCGCACACUGUCCCCACCACCGUCUCGUCUGCGCCUCCAGUCUCUGCUGCGUCCGCCACCCAGUCGGCGUCGCCUCCCGUCGCUUCCUUCCCCGCUAUGUUCGCCUCUCCCUCUGUCUCUCCCUCUUUCCUUCCUUCCCUUCCGGCGUCUCUGGCCUUCUCGCACGCCCCGUUCGCCCCGUCCCCCCCAGCCAAGGCUUCCCUCCUCGCGCCCAACGCGGUCGGCAGUGUCUCGGUGCUUCCGGUCCCCAUCCACGGCGACACCACGGGAGAGGUUCCGGCGCGUCGCCGGGCACCAGGCUGGGAAGAAGAAGCGUUUCACACAGCGCCGGGAGGAGAGGUGGACAGGCUCCUGCCUGCUCGGGCUUGUCGAGAACAAGACGACGGCGCCCCCGCGCCUCAAGAGAAUCACCCGCUUCGGAAAGCCUGGCUAGGAUGGAGAUGUUUGUGCUACGCGGAGCCGCCCCCAGGGACGACGCCGUUCGAGCGCGCGAGCGUGAAUGAGGAGAUUUCCCACAUGGUCGGAUUCGGAGCGGAGACCUCGUUGCUUUCCGAGGAGAGCGACGCGACAGAGGCGGAGGAAGACGGGACGAGUGAAGAGGCGGAUGUCGCACGGCUCGACUCGGAGCAGAGAAAGCGCCCGCGGUGGCGAGCGGGAGACGGGGCCCGGGGGACGAAGCACCCCAAGAGAAGUCGAACAAAGCGCGAAUUGUGGGCAGUUCGCACAGGCGGGGAGAGACUUGGAAGAGAUCUCGUGCUCACGCAGCAAACCGGCGGACCUUUUGAAAAGGAAGUUCUCGAAUUUCUUGGUCAGCAGCACGCGGACCGAAAUGCGUGUCUCUGCAUGGUUCUCAGCAUGCCCUCGAUGCGCCACUUCGCCGAGAAUCUUCGGCUGGACGACCUCGAGAGGGCCCUUCAGAGUCGCCUCAGUGCAUGCGAGGCAAGGAAAUGCAAACUUAAGGUUCUCUGCGAGAAGGCUCGCAAGGAGAGAGCAAUGGUGCGUCAGGAACGGGAAGAACUGAAAGAGAAAGAGAGACAGUUCGAAGGAAGCGCAUCGCAGGAGCAACCGAGGGAGGCGCCGUCGCACAGGACGUCCAUCUAA